UUCCUUGAAGAGAUGGAACAAAAGGUUAUAGUACCUUUUUCGUCUUCGAAAUAGUUCAUAUGCACCAGUCAUGUUUGUCUGUGGUCGUUUCAACAACUUUACUGAAUGAGGCACAAAGAGAAUAGUUUCUUACAGCCUCAGCGGUCCAAUGAGGAUGCGAGUAAACCUUCGAGCUUUACUGGCUGUCCUCAUUGUUUUCGUGACUGCUACAACUUUAACUUACUGGAUUCGAUGUGGAGACAUUCCCAGCGCUGACGUUAAAGGUAACCUCUAUAAUAUAGAAUCGAACGAUGACAACUACUUGGAAGAUGGCGUUGGCCCUCUAGCUCUGGAAGAAGUUCCUCGGGUUCGUACGCGAGGUGGAUUGAAGAACCUUGAUGACAUUGAUUGUCUUAUUAACGAAAAAUACACCGUACCGUGUAAGCAGGAGGAUGGUGAAGUUUAUGUCCCCUUUUCAUUCUUGCACGAGUACUUUGAGGUUUACGGGAAGGUUGUAAAGCACGAUGGUGAAGAACGUUUCGAAUGGCAACAUAGCUACUCCAAAGUUUACUACCCAAGAGGGAAGUACGACCCACAUGGGGUUUUUAUGUGGUUUGAGAACUAUAACGUUGGAGUAAGAGACCGGGUAUUGUGCAUCAGUGGAACGGAAGGUGUUCCUGUUUCAACUCAGUGGAACUCUCAAGGGCAUCUUUAUCCAAUCCAAAUUGCCCAGUUUGGCCUGAGCCACUUCAGUAAGAACCUCACCGAAAAGAACCCAUCCGUAAAACUGCUUGACGCUGGCAGGAUGUCUCCUUCAGCACAAUGGACACUGUCUACUAACAACAUCAAGUUCCCAUUAAACAGGGUUACUGAUGAGGUUAUAAAACUGCUUGAUGCUGGUGAGACACCUCCUCCAGUACAGUGGACAUUGUCUACUAACAACAAUGUUAAGUUCCCGCUAAACAGGGUGACUGAUGAGGUUACUAAUGGGAAAGUGCUGGAGUUCAAGAGCAGAAAAAAUGGUUCUGAUACCGGGUUCACCUUGACAUUAAAAGAAGAUUCCACCCAUAUGACUUUAACCUUUGACCUGAGGAUGAUGGCUAAUGUCACUGUGUCAGUGACCAUAGUGGGAGGAAAACGUACAAUCUAUAAGCUGCACUAUGUAAUGACUGAUGCACUUAUGUCUGCACAUGUAAAUGAAGUCUUUCUUGGGAUAGGGACCGGUAAAGACUGGAUGAAAAUAACGCGUGACCUUAAUGUGGACCUGCAGAAAGGACUGACGUUAAUAAGGAGCUCAAAAAAGAAAGCAAAACCCCGGGACUUAAGGGUUCGUAGUAUUACACUUCGGGGGUGGGGAUACAUUGAUAAUAUUACUCUUUGUACUUCUGCACACAUGGCUCACUUUUUUGCAGUUGCUGACUGGUUUGUUCGUCAUCAAGAUGAAGAUGGUGGUUGGCCAAUCAUGGUAUCACGUCAUCUUUCUCCUAUAAUGGCAGACCUCGCUCCAGGCUGGUACUCCGCAAUGGGACAGGGUCAGGCCAUCUCUGUCCUAACCCGAGCUUUUAAAGUCACAGGGAAUGUGACUUACCUUCAUACAGCAGUUAACGCUGUUAAACCAUUUAGAGUGCGAUCAGAAAAUCAUGGUGUGAUGACCACUUUUGCAGGAAAAUACAUCUGGUAUGAAGAGUAUCCCACUGUACCCAGUUCAUAUGUGCUUAAUGGUUUCAUCUACUCCCUUAUGGGACUUUAUGAUCUUAAAAUGACUUGCACACAAAAAGACUGUAAAGAAGUAGCAAAGUUAUAUGAAGAUGGAAUGAUUUCUUUAAAAAAGAUUUUGCCUCUCUUUGACACAGGUUCGGGGUCAACGUAUGAUCUUCGACACUUUUCACUGGGGAUAGCACCCAAUUUGGCGCGGUGGGACUACCAUACCACUCACAUUAAUCAGCUCCUGCUGUUAAGUACUUUUGAAAGUGACCCCAUCUUUAAAUCGGUUGCUGAUCGAUGGAUAGGCUACAUGAAAGGUAAAAGGGCAGCACACAACUGAAGUCCACAUUUGAAAUAGAAAAAAAAAAGUACAUUCCACUAAAAUAAUUUGAUGAAAAAUCAUUAACUGUAGUUGUCAGCACUCAUUAGUGGUUUUGAUGUGGGUCAUAAAUAUUUUACGAAGGAGCAGUAUCAUGUCGAAGACUGAUUGACCAUCCUGCUGUAAUUUUUUUACAUCAGGCAUAAUAUAUGUUUCCCAGUUCUUCUAAGUAUCACUUUUAAUCACUUUUUUUUUGGCAUGCUAAAAUUAUUUAUUACAAAUAUAAAAGUAUUGUACUGUUAAAUAAUAACCAAUAGUUAUAACUAGUAUUUCCAAUAAACCCCAUAUUUACGACUAAGUUUGGGGGGGGGGGGUUGUGAUAAAACAAUUUCAAAAUGCUGUUGCAGUUCCAAGUUUUAGUGAAAUGUGUAUUUAUAUUUCAACCUUUUUCAAAAAGUACUUUACUGUUACAGUAAUGUUUGAUGUUUUGUAUAUUUAUCAAUUAACUAUGAGUAUGAGAAGUGUAGAAAUUUUCCAAGUUAUUUAAGUUUAGCUUGAAACUACUUCAGUUUUCGACUGUUAGGAAAUGGAUGUUACACUUAACAGUUUACUUUAAUUCACGAGGCACAGCUGUAUCAACACAUACAUACAAACUAGAUGUUUAAUUUGGAAACUUAAUUUGUGACUCCUAUUAAUCUGACUAUUUUAUAUUGCCUAAAUUUUAAUAGAAGAAAAUGGUGUACAAAGCUUAUUUUCACAGUAACGAUGGUAUCCGAAGAAAAGGCAAAGCUUUAGGUAAUCCUGCACAAUUUUAUUACGGUACAAUAAUAAAGCUUUAGGUAAUCCUGCACAAUUUUAUUACGGUACAAUAAUAAAGCUUUAGGUAAUCCUGCAUAAUUUUAUUACGGUAUAAUAAUAAAGCUUUAGGUAAUCCUGCACAAUUUUAUUAUGGUACAAUAAUAAAGCUUUAGGUAAUCCUGCACAAUUUUAUUAUGGUACAAUAAUAAAGCUUUAGGUAAUCCUGCACAAUUUUAUUAUGGUAUAAUAAUAAAGCUUUAGGUAAUCCUGCACAAUUUCAUUAUGGUACAAUAAUAAAGACACACAAGUAUUUCCAGAAUAAACUGAAUUAAAAAAAAAUUUCUUCAAAUUUUGAUUUAAAGGCAUGCAAAUGUAAUUCUUCUAAAGGUACAGUUGUACCAUCCACUAAUUCUCAAUUAUGUUUUAAAGAAUUGAUUGUUUGAAAAACUAAUCUAAGUUCUAAAUAUUUAGAAUUUUUCUCAGUUUAAAAUUCAAAGACUUGAAUAUUUUCUCUAUUUUAAAGAUUUAUUUUUUAUUAGUUAUUGGACUUACGACUCUAAAGUUCAGGGUUUGAUAUCUGUAAUGGGCAGAGCACAGAUAACCCAUUGUACAGCUUUGUGUGUAACCAAAAAUCAAUGUUAAUGGACAGUAGAUAAGUUAUUAUUUGUUAUCAAAUUUGAUACUGCAGUCAUGGAAAGUGUUUACUAAUAAUGGCUGCAAACUUGCUUACUUUGAAAUAUCAAUCCACAUAUUGUAUUUUUAAUUGAACCUUCAUUGAAAAAGAUCAUUUCUAAAGAUCCAUGGCUAGGGAGCCCAAAUCUUAUUCUGUAGGUUGUGAAUUUGAAUCCCAUCACCGAACGGUGCUCACCUUUUCAGCCCUAGGUUGUUGUGACGUGAAUAUCAAUCUCACUUUUCACUAGUAAACGAGUAGCCCACGAGUUGGCUGUGGGUGGUAUUGACCAGCUACCUUCCCUCUAGUCUAUCAGUUCAAAAUUAGGAAUGGCUAGUGCAGAUAGCCCAUCAAGUAUCUUUGCACAAAAUUCGAAAACAAACUAACACAGACCCAAAAGUUCAAGCACUGUUCUUUCUUUUAGGGACAAAAGGAUUGGUAGCUUAGAGAGGAGUUUUAACUUUCUGUACUUUUUCAAUAGCUUAGAAAUGCUGCAGUUUCAUUAUAGAAAAAGAAAA